AUGAGCAGCCACACACAGCAGGACGCUUCGGUUUGGAGACCGAAAGCGUACCCCGCUCAAGAAUGGACAGGAGACUCCCUCAACCAAACUGCACAACCACAGGAGUCAGAAUUUUUAGAGCGCUUCCCAACUACAAUCCAGGCCGUCCAAGACUCGCACGAUCCGUAUCCUGGAGGGCGGACUCUUGUAAUAUGUCUGGAUGGCACUGGUGACAAAUUCGACGGCGACAACAGCAAUGUCGUCAACUUCGUUGGUUGCUUGAAGAAAGAUGACCCGUCUCAAGUCACGUACUAUCAGUCUGGAAUUGGUACGUACGAUGGACAAGGGUUGAAGAGCGGCUUCUCGGCUGCGAUUGAUAUGGCAGUUGGGAGCAGCCUAGGAAUCCAUGUCAGGGAUGCAUACGCUUUUCUGAUGCAGAAUUACCGUGAAGGGGACAAAAUUUGUCUUCUGGGCUUCUCGAGGGGAUCAUACACGGUGCGUUGUUUGGCCGGUAUGCUGCAUAAAGUUGGGCUUUUGCCAGCAUACAACCAAGCCCAAAUUUACUACGCAUACCAGUUCUACAAGGACGAUACACCGGAAGGGUGGAAAAUGAGCGCUGAAUUCAAGAGAACUUUCUCUAUUGACGUUGAUGUGUAUUUUGUCGGUGUCUGGGACUGCGUCGCCUCGGUUGGGUUCAUUCCCAGAAAGUUGCCAUUCAGCAAAUCACCAACCAGCAGCAUUUGUUAUUUCAGACACGCGAUGGCUCUGGAUGAGCAUCGGGCGAAAUUCAAGGUUUGCCAAUGGCAGCACCAAGAUCCAGCUGCUGCGGAGGUCCCAGUCAUCGAUAAGACCCCAAAGGCAAAAGUCAAGGCCGAGAAGGGGAAAACUGUUGGCCAAGUCCGGCGGGUUUUCAGUUCAUGCUUUGGCUCUAAGCCAAGCCCUGAGGUCAAUGCAGGAUCCGACAAACUAACUUCGACUUCCUCUGCAUCUUCUUUUUCUGAGCUAAAGAAGUUCGAGCAACAACUCAAUAAGUUCGAGGAGAAAAAAGACCGAGAGCAAGACAAGUAUGAGGCGAAAUUUGACAAGGAAAACCAUUCAGUGCACAAGCAUAAAGCAUCAGAUGUAUUGGAAGUCUGGUUCGCAGGGGCCCACGCCGAUGUUGGUGGAGGGGCUGUUGUCAACGAGGAGCGACAUAUGCUCUCACGUAUCCCUCUCCGCUGGAUGAUUCGCCAAUGCUUCGAAACCAACACCGGCAUCUUAUUCAGCACAGCGGCCCUAGCAGAAAGCGGCAUCGACAUUCCCACCGUCUGGCCCAUCUAUCUCACACCCAAAAAGCCCGUCGUUGGUCCCUCCCCGACCACAGUCGAGAAAUACGAAUCCGGUGCCCUCCCACCGAUCAAACGCCGCUCAACCGCGCUCGGUAUCGACCGAGACGAGAAGAAAAGCAACAUGCUAGCAGAGUUCUCGCGCGCUCAUGGAUAUACGGAGAAAAAGCGGCGUCGUUUGGAAGCGGAGUUGUUGCCGGAGCAUGUGGAGGAUCAUUUCGAUGCCAUGGCGCCGAUUAAUGAUCAGCUCGUGCUGGCGAAGGGAUGGUGGGUUCUUGAGAUGUGGCCAGUUAAGGUGAGGAUACAGAAGAAGGAUACGGAGGAGUGGGAGAAAGUUGUGAGGAUGAAUUUGGGGAGGUACAGGCCUAUUAGGGAGAUUGAGCCGCAGCUGCAUUGGACGGUGCAGAUGAGAAUGAACGACAAGGGGUAUAAGAUCAGGAAUAGGGUGGAUAAGGAAGCGAUAUGGCAGACAGCUAUUUGA